AUGUUCAAGUCUGUGAUAUCCUUGAUUUUAUUGAGUGCAAGUUUGCAAUGUUACACGGCAGCCAUAAUUGAUUGUCAAAGGCCUCCUCAACUAGUGGAUCCCUCUAAAUGUUGCUUAGAUGGUGGCAGAGAUGAGAUUACUGAAGUUUGUGCUCAACGUAUGGGAAUAACCGGACGACCAAGUGAUGCUCCACCCACAGUAGAAACCGCUACAUGCUUGGCCGAAUGCAUUUUAAGCGAAUCGAAAUAUAUGCAAAAACCAGAAACUCUGGACCUAAGUACCAUCAAAUCAGAUCUGCAAAGCAAAUUUGCCAAUGAUACAAUUUACGCUGAAACCAUGGCCGAAGCUUUUCAGAAAUGCCAACCGAAUGCCCAAAGGAAAAUGAAAGCAUUCAAACAGAUACCUUUGGGAAAUGUGGCCUUGCAAAGAGGUUGCAGUCCCUUUGCCGGCAUGGUGUUGGGUUGUACAUAUAUGGAGUAUUUUAAAAAUUGUCCGGCUCAUCGAUGGACCGAGAAUGCAGAGUGUAGUUUGGCUAAACAGUUUGUAACGCAGUGUUCGUUGGGUGCUUAGAAAUAA